UUAUCAUUAUUUGCAGGUUUCUCUCAACGUAAAACGACGAAUAAGAAAUAUCAAUGUGAAAGGUGCAAGAAAGAAUUCAGUUCGAAAUAUAAUCUUAAAUGUCAUCAGAAGAUUCACACUGGAGAAGGGCUCUUGAAUUGUCAAUUCUGUAAUCGUCAGUUCAACCAUUCCAGCAGUCUGCAUAAUCAUCUCAAGACUCACGCCGGAGAGAAAUUCUUUACCUGUGACCAUUGCAAACGAAGUUUUACACAAAAAGGAGCUCUGAUAAAACAUUUGCGAACUCACACGGGGGAGAAGCCUUUCACUUGUGACCAUUGCAAACGAAGUUUUACACAAAAAGGAGCUCUGAUAAAACAUUUGCGAACUCACACGGGGGAGAAGCCUUUCACUUGUGACCAUUGCAAACGAAGUUUUACACAUAAAGGAACUCUGAUAACACAUUUGCGAACUCACACGGGGGAGAAGCCUUUCACUUGUGACCAUUGCAAACGAAGUUUUACACAAAAAGAAGCUCUGAUAACGCAUUUUCGUACUCACACUGGAGAGAAGCCAUACUCCUGUAAUCAUUGCUUACGAAAAUUUUCUGUUAAAUGUAAUUUAAUCUGUCAUAUUUCUGCAUGUCAUAAUAAUAAGUAACUUAAACUGUAUGUCGAUUAUUGUACUUUUAACUGUUGAAGGGUCUUCGAAAAUACUCGAACCUAAAAUUUCAGUUUUAAUGAAAAUUGAAGGACAUUUUCAGAAUUUAUUUUUUAUUAACUUAAAAUAUUCCUUGUUGUAAUGUUUUACUUUAAGCAU